AUGAGUGUAACAUUUAGUAAGAAAAAAAGAAUCAAAUACCAUGAUGUGGUUUAUGACAAUACUGAGAGAGAUUCCAUCCCGAAGCGUGGAUAUUAUUCUGAAUUGGUGUCGAACAUGACGAAGGAGGAUCCUUCUAGAGAAGUGUAUGCUAAGAAGCGCAUGAAACUUAUGUUACAGGCAAAAACAGAUAAGCUAGCGCCAAUGUUGGUCUCACUGCCGAAGCCGCAGAAGCCCAAACUGCUGUUACCACCAGGAAGAUGGACUACAUAUAGAGAAGAUGAGAGCAUUCAAUUCCCGUUCGAGACGUUUGUACCAAAGUUGCAGUUUCUUAGCAUAGUUCUGCCAAAGGAGUUACCAAGGCUGGUCAAAAUUGAACGGCUUAGGAGAAAAUUCCUUGCCGCUAAUAUAAAGAAAAUGCUCCGUGAGCUCGGCAUCCAGCCAUAUUGGUUAUUACCUCCAUCAGAGUACCCAAUCUCAGAGCAGGAACACUACGCCCUCUACAGUCCUUUUCCCAAGCUGGAUUUGGAAAUCUUCGACAACACUGAUUUUGAUUGCAGAAUUCCUGAAGAGUGGUUAAACCUUGGCAUGAUCGAAGGUGAACAGUAUCCAUGCCCUGGUCUCGCUUUCAUACCCAAAGAGGAAGGAAAAUCCACCAAAAGUGGAGAUCUGUUCCAGAUGUUAAACAAUUUAUAUGAGUGGAUUAAUGUUGCUGCAUUUAGUUAUGACGAACAAACAGACAAAUGGGAAGUUAUGGCACUCGAUGGAACUAAACGACGAUUUCAAAUUCCCCGUAUCCGACUUAUGUUCAAGGCCGACGAUCCAGAGACAUUUGCGAGACGCGUUAAGUUUGCAGUAGAUUUAAGGAGAGAAGUAGAAAAUAACAUUAGGUUUUAUCUAUACUUGGACUGUCUCCUUCUGGACGGUCUGCCCCAAAUGCCCUUGCACUACAUGCCGGCUAUCAUCAAGAUGGUGAGGAUCCAUAGGCAAGCGGUCGACGUGGACGAGGACCACUUGAAGGCUUUGAAACAUGAGGGUUACCUACUCCAUAGAAGAGCUGAGGGUAAAAUGAAAAUAAUCUACACGAUACAAAAGUAUCGAGACGUGUACAAUUUCAUUGAUGUGCCGAGCAAGGAGUAUGUGCCACCUGUACCGGAUUAUGGUCGCUAUCCCUGCGUCAUGGACGACUUCAAGGGCCGUGUGAAGUUCAACCAGUGGAACUCGCUCUAUGUCCUCACAGAAUCCGUGUCCUGCAUACAUCUUGUUGUUGAAGAGUGUCUUAAGGUUGAAGGUAUGCUGUUUUACACAACAAACUAUGGCCGUAACGCGAGUCUGGGAGAAUUUGAUGCUGCACAACAACACUGCACUUCAAUGAUGUUGAAAUAUUUACACAUAACGUGGCUGAACGCUACAGCGCAUGCGAUUAGGAUGUCUUUCAGAGAUGUUGGAAAAGGGUGGUUCAAUAUAUACGAGAAAAAAUGGGAGUUCUACGGAAUCAGUAAACUUUGCCGUUUCAUGCAACUCGUUAGAUUCCGUAUGCAGUACGCCCUGCGCUAUUGCAUCGAGCAGUCCAUGGCGAUGUUCGUGGGGCUCUGCGAGACCCCCUGCCUCUGCACCUACGUGUGUGAAGACGACUACGAGUGGGAUCCCAAUGACCUGAUCAACUCCCCCUUCCGUUCCCCCACUCCUACCCUUUUCUACUUUCACCUGAUGAUGUGUGAAGACGGACCGUAUUAUACUACGCCGCCGGAGCAGUUUGAGGUUGUAAUCCAGAGAUUGUUCAGAGAGAUGCUGUAUCGCUGCCACUUUAUCCCCCAAGUGCAUCCGAUGAUUAUGACCGGUCUCGUUUUUGAUAAGGAACUUUUUCUCACGUCUAUUGGUUUAAUGGAACCGAACGUGGUUGAAUACAGAGAGCGGCUGUUACUGGCGUAUCGCAAAGCAAUCAUACCGCUCAAAGCGUACAUGCGGCAGUACGAGUGCUAUAGAGACAUUUAUGUGUUGAAUAUUGAAGAAUACGUUGAAGCAUUCCGUGAAGAAAAGCAUUCUUCAUCAGAGACCCGUGAGGAGGUUCAGAUGCAUUAUGAUGCGAAACAAGAUCUAAUAUGGCGACUGCCGCAGUACAUUAAUAUUGGACCGUUUGCUAUAAAUGUGGAUAGUCUAAAGCAAACGCUCGUAAACAAACGAGCGGACAUCAUCAAGGCUCUCCUCACCAUGUGGGCUGAAGAGGUUCGCAUCAUGGUGGAAGACGUGAUACAAGCGUACAAGAGCAUCAUGAGGAAACUUGGUGAGAAGCCGAACACGAUAGAACACGUAUUCGAGAUUAGGGAGUGGAUGGAGUCGAUACCGUUCGCGUUGAAAACACAAGAAGAUAUCAUGAAGAAAGUUCACACGGAUUAUGAAGUAUUGGACGCAUUUUUCACUCCACUGGAAAAUGAAGAUUUCAAAGCUUUGUGGGAAGCUAUCGGUUGGCCGCUGAGUAUUACCAAACAAGUAGUUGCAACAACUGAUUUCCUUGAAGAAGAGCAAGAGAAGUUCUGGAAGCUUCACCAACAAGACGAACAGACGCUGUCGGAUAGAAUCGACAUGUUCACGUCGCAAUGCAUGGCGCUUACGCUGCAGAACGACUUCUCGAGAGUCCACGAAAUAGCAAAUGACAUAAAGAAAGCGUGGAAGGGCAUGAAGGACUCUCAGGAGUGGGGCAGGGUGCUGAACCAGCGGCAGAAGCUGUUCGGCCAGCCGGUGGUGCCCUUUGCAGAUCUGAAUAGAUUGGUCAAGGAAUUCGAGCCGUAUAGGAACUUGUGGGUCACUGCUUCUGAUUUCCUAAAAGCUCGUGAAGUUUGGUUCGACAAUCCUUUAAUGUACGUGGAUGCAGAUUCCAUCGAACCGCUCAUUAAUGAAUACUACAAAACCAUUAUCAAGUGUGUGCGAACAUUUGCUGAUUUGCCAAAAGUGCAACAAGUGGCGCUAACUAUAAGAGAUGACAUCGACGAAUUCAGACCGUUGAUUCCUGUAAUUCAAGCUGUAAGAAAUCCUGGAAUGAAAGAGAGGCAUUGGAAUGAGUUUAUGGAAAAAGCUGGUAUAACGGUAACAAUGAACGAGAAGCAGACCUUCCAAAUGUGCUUGAAACAAGGCAUGGCGGCGCACGGCGAGCUGAUAGCGGAGAUUGGGGAGCUGGCCAGCAAGGAGUACGUCAUUGAACAGUCGCUCGACAAGAUGUUGAACGACUGGGCCACUAAGGCGAUGGAGAUCGCGCCUUAUAAGAACACUGGUACAUUCAUAAUGAAGAUAGCAGACGAGACCUUACAACUACUAGACGAACAUCUCCUCGCCACGCAGCAGCUCGGCUUCAGUCCUUUCAAGGCGGCCUUCGAGCUUCGCAUCCAGGAGUGGGAUGAUAAGUUGCGGCUCACGCAGAAGGUUGUGGACGAAUGGAUUGAGUGUCAGAAGGAAUGGAUGUACUUGGAACCCAUAUUUACAUCCGAAGAUAUAUCACGUCAGCUGCCACUGGAAGCUAAAAAGUAUGGUACUAUGGAGAGAAUCUGGAGAAGAAUCAUGUCCUCUGCAGCAGCCGUUCCUAAGAUUAUGAUCAUUUGCCCUGACAGUCGUCUGCUAGACAGCUUGGUGGAAGCUCGUCAUCUCCUAGCGGUGGUGUCACGUGGCCUCAACGAAUACAUGGAGCUGAAGAGGCUGCGGUUCCCGCGCUUCUUCUUCCUCAGCGAUGAUGAACUGCUAGAGAUUCUGUCGCAGAGCAGGAACCCGAAGGCUGUGCAACCGCAUCUUAGGAAGUGCUUUGAGAAUAUUGCUAAGGUUACCUUUGAAGCAGAUCUCAAGAUCACACAAAUGCACUCGAGCGAAGGUGAAAUUGUCGAUCUCAAGUACAAGUUCUAUCCAUCAUCGAAUGUUGAGCAAUGGCUCUUGUUAUUGGAAGACACCAUGAGACACAGCAUACGGCUAACCCUCGUCGCGGGCAUGGAGGAGCUAUGGACGAUGCCGCGCGCCGAGUGGGUGCUGCGCUGGCCCGGCCAGGUGGUGAUAGCGGGCUCGCAGACCGCCUGGACGGCCGGCGUGGAGGAGGCGAUCAGCGAGUACAGGAUGGACUGCUACUUCGAGGAGAUGCUGCGACAGCUGGAUAGUCUCCGCGCGCUAGUCAAGGGCGAGCUGACCUUCUUCCAGCGGGAAGUGCUCUGCGCGCUGAUCGUGAUCGAGGUGCAUGCGCGUGACGUCACCAACACGCUCGUUAUUGAGAACGUGAAGAAUGUGAACGACUUCCAGUGGAUCUGUCAGCUACGAUACUACCAGAUGAUAAAGGACUUCUAUCCCCUAGAAGAGGGGGAAUUGCCAGAAAUCUACCAGGACGAGAACCGUCUGGACACGUCGAUGUUCUACCGACAGUUUAGCCAGAACUAUUGCGACGUGCGCGCUCUAAACUCUGUAUUUACUUACCAGAAUGAAUAUUUGGGCAACAGCGGUCGGCUCGUUAUCACGCCUCUAACGGACCGAUGUUACCUCACCCUCAUGUGCGCGAUGCACUUGAAGUUUGGCGGAGCGCCCGCAGGCCCCGCCGGCACCGGCAAGACUGAGACCACUAAGGAUUUAGCCAAAGCAUUGGCUGUGCAAUGCGUAGUCUUCAAUUGUUCGGACCAACUGGAUUUCAUGGCGAUGGGCAAAUUCUUCAAAGGACUUGCAGCAUCUGGCGCAUGGGCGUGCUUUGAUGAAUUCAACAGAAUAGACAUUGAAGUACUUUCAGUUGUUGCUCAGCAGGUGGUGACCAUACAAAAAGCGCAAAUCGCGAAAAUGGAGAAAUUUUGGUUUGAAGGUGUAGAAUUACCAUUGAAGGCGUCAUGCUCUGUUUUCAUUACUAUGAACCCUGGAUAUGCAGGUCGUACCGAGUUACCGGACAAUCUCAAAGCCCUAUUCCGUCCCAUAGCUAUGAUGGUCCCCGAUUAUGCUCUAAUCGCUGAAAUAUCACUGUUUUCGUAUGGAUUCUUCGAAGCGAAACUACUUGCUGGAAAGAUUACUACAACCUUUAGAUUGAGCUCGGAACAGUUGUCGUCACAGGAUCACUACGACUUCGGCAUGAGAGCUGUAAAAACUGUGAUUCUGGUCGCUGGAAACUUGAUACGUCAAAUGCCAGAUGGAGAUGAAAGGCAGAUAGUUCUUAGGGCACUGAGAGAUGUCAAUGUGCCUAAGUUCCUUGCUGACGAUCUGGUAUUGUUUAAUGGUAUAAUAUCGGAUUUGUUCCCACGUGUGGAAAUCCCAGUAGUGGACUACGGUAUCAUGGAGCAGUCUAUAAGAAACAUGCUUGUGAAGAGGGGAUACGACGACUUGUAUACAUUCAUAUUCAAGAUAAUACAACUGUAUGAAACUACAGUAGUGCGUCAUGGUCUGAUGUUGGUCGGUCCAGCUGGUUCAGGAAAAACAAAGUGCUACGAGAUCCUUCGAGACGCGCUAACCGCUAUUAAGGGCAAGCUAGCGCCCGACGGGUUUCCCUUCACCCCGGUGCACACGUUCGUGGUGAACCCUAAGUCGAUCACCAUGGGACAGCUAUAUGGGGAAUUUGAUCUGCAGACGCAUGAAUGGACGGAUGGCAUUCUAUCGAGUUUGGUUAGAGCCGGUAUCGCGGUGGAAGACACGGACAAGCGAUGGUACAUCUUCGAUGGGCCCGUGGACGCCGUUUGGAUUGAAAACAUGAACACUGUGCUAGACGACAACAAGAAGCUCUGUCUCUCAAGCGGCGAGAUCAUGAAGCUGACAGAUAGACAGCGCAUGAUCUUCGAAGUAGCGGAUCUGGCUGUAGCAUCCCCGGCCACGGUAUCGCGUUGUGGGAUGGUGUACCUGGACACGAGGGUCGUGGGGUUGCAGCCGCUGGUGAACGCGUGGAUGAAGAGCAAUUUGCCACCGAUCGCAGACAAUAUUCGCAAACCGCUCUACAACCUUAUCACGACAUACUUGUACCCGUCCUUAGUGAUACUGCGCUCGAAACUUACCGAAAUUGUAGCCUCAAUAGAUUCCUCUCUUGUUUUGAAGUUUCUCGAAUUACUGGAUUAUAGAUUGAGGCCAUUGACUGGUAAAGAUGAUCGACCUCCGCCAGGAGGAGCUUUUCUUGCUAUGAUGCCCAAACUAGCACCGUGUUGGGUGGUAUGGGCGGUGAUCUGGUCGGUGGGCGCCACGUGCGAUCACACGGGUCGGGCCAUCUUCUCCGACUUCAUGCGCAACCUCAUGGAGGAGAGCGGCACUAAACCGGCCUUCCCGAAGGAGGGAAGGGUUUAUGAUUACACACUUCACGAUGGUGGAUUCACUGAUCCAACGGAUGAUGGUGAGCCAGCAAAUCCCUACUGGUACAACUGGAUGGCAAAUCUGGAAGAGUAUGAAGUGGACCCUGAGUGGCAGUUUGCUGACAUCGAAGUGCCAACAUUAGACAACGUGCGCAGCGCGGCAUUACUCGGCUACAAAAUCGCGAACUACAACCACGUGAUAUGCGUUGGACCAACCGGCACCGGCAAGACGGUCACCAUCAGCUCGAAGCUCUCCAAGGGGUUGCAUAAGAAGUUUAUUUGUGAAUUCCUCGUAUUUUCAGCGAGGACUUCUGCUAAUCAGACGCAGGAUGUAAUAGACAGCAAGCUGGAGCGUCGCCGUCGCGGCGUGUUCGGUCCGCCGCCCACCAAGCGGCAGGUGUUCUUCAUCGACGACCUCAACAUGCCCGCGCUAGAGGUGUAUGGUGCACAGCCGCCCAUCGAACUGCUGAGACAGUUUAUGGACUUCUCUGGGUGGUACGACCGUACGAACAUCGGCGAGUUCAAGACGCUGAUCGACGUGGGGGUGGUGGCGGCGAUGGGGCCGCCGGGGGGAGGGCGGAACCCCGUCACCAUGCGACUCAUGAGACACUUCCAUUAUAUCUCCUUUACUGAGAUGGAGUUUAACAGCAAGUAUUGCAUCUUCAGCACGAUACUAAAGUCUUGGACGCGAAACUUCGAAAAAGUCUCCAUCCGCGAAGAUCCGUUCCUCAAAGGAUCUAUCGACAUCUUCAACUCGCUGGUUGAAGAACUGUUGCCAACUCCGACUAAAUCACAUUAUACCUUCAACCUCAGGGAUUUGAGUAAAGUUUUCCAGGGCAUCUUGAUGAUGGACCCUCAUCUUGUGAAGGAUGAAGAUGACGUCAUUCGUCUUUGGUACCACGAGCACCAGCGUGUGUAUCAGGAUAGAUUGGUUAACAGUGAGGAUCGCAAGUGGUUUGUCAAUCUUCUAAAUAAGAAGAUCAAAUCAGAGUUUGGCAAGAAAGCUAGUGAUGUGGUCGGUGGAAGAUUAAUGCUCUUCGGUGACUUUAUGGACAUCGGGGCUGAUGAUAAGAAGUAUUUGGAGAUUAAUGACCAGAAUGAGCUAGACGAAGUGCUAGCCCACUACCUCAACGAGUACAACCUGUCGUCCACUGCGCCGCUGGAGCUGGUGCUGUUCGAGGACGCGGUGGCGCACCUGUGCCGGCUCGCGCGCAUCAUGCGCCAGCCCAUGGCCAACGCACUGCUGCUGGGCAUGGGCGGAUCUGGUCGACAAUCGCUAUCUCGCCUGGCGGCCAACAUGUCAGAACUACAGUGCGUACAAAUCGAGAUCACGAAAGCGUACGGCCAAUCAGAGUGGCGCGAUGAUCUCAAGCAAACCAUGCUGAAAGCUGGUGCUGAUAACAGAGGCAUCGUGUUUUUGUUCUCUGAUGCACAGAUAAAAAUGGAGUCGUUCCUCGAGGACCUGAACAACAUCCUCAGCUCUGGUGACGUGCCGAACAUCUACGAGGCGGAGGACCUGGACCGCGUGUACGCGUCCGUGCGGCACGCGGUCAUGGAGCUGGGGCUGGCGGCCACCAAGGGCAACCUGUUCGCGUGCUACCAGCGCCGCGUGCGCAGCAACCUGCACAUCGUCGUGGUGAUGAGCCCCGUGGGGGAGAUAUUCCGCGCGCGUCUCCGCCAAUUCCCUUCCCUAGUGAACUGCUGCACCAUCGACUGGUUCAGUGAGUGGCCGCGCUCCGCACUCGACUCGGUCGCGACGCACUUCUUCGACCACAUGGAGGAGUUGCAGACGACGGAUGAGAUUAUAGCCUCUAUGGUGUCCGUAUGCUGCUUCGUACACCAGAGCGUAGUGGAAGCUAGCUCCCGUUUCCUCUCUCAACUGAACCGUCUCAACUACGUCACGCCGAUGUCGUACAUGGAGAUGUUGGCGGCCUACGCGGAAAUGUUUAGGAAGAAGCAGAAGGCGAUACUGCAUGAAUCCAAUGCUUUGAAGACUGGAUUAAACAAAUUGAAUCAAACGGAAGUGGAAGUGAAGCAAUUGCAAAUAGAACUGGCGGAGUUGAAGCCUUUAAUGGAAAGAGCGGCAGAAGAGACGAAGAAAGUGAUUGACCAGAUUGCUAUUGAUACUGCCAUAGCAGAAGAAGCUAGAAUAAAAGUAGAAAAGGAACAAGCUAUAGCUGAAAAAAUGGCAAAAGAAACCACGGCGAUGGCGGAAGAUGCGCAAAGAGACUUAGACGAAGCGAUGCCAGCGCUGCGCGCGGCGGAGAAGGCGCUGCAGGAGCUGAACCGCAACGACGUGGUGGAGGUGAAGGCGAUGAAGAAGCCGCCCGCCGGAGUCGUGCUUGUCAUAGAGUCGCUCUGCGUCGUGUUCGACAUCAAGCCGAUCAAAGAGCCAGGUGCAUCAUUCGGCGAGAAAGUCCUCAACUAUUGGAAGCCGGGCUCUGCGAUGCUCUCGGACCCGAGUGCGUUCCUCGACUCACUGAUGAAGUUCGACAAGGAGUCCAUCACGGAGGACAUGAUCAAGAAGCUCAAGCGGUUCGUCGUCGAUCCUAAUUAUGAGCCGAUGAAGAUUUCCAAGGUGUCAAAAGCGUGCAUGUCGCUAUGCAUGUGGGUGCACGCUAUGUACAAGUUCUAUCACGUCAACAAGGCGGUCGCGCCCAAGAAGGAGGCGCUCGAACGUGCCACUAAAGAACUUGCUGCUGUUGAGGCAAUGCUCGCCAACGCAAAGGCCAAGAUGCAAGCUCUGCUAGAAGGUAUCGCGAAACUCAACGCGUACCUGCAGGAGAAAGAAGAGGAGAAGAGGAAGAUGGAAGAAGACAUCAACCAGUGUUUGGCGAGGAUGGAUCGUGCUAACAGACUUCUAAACGGUCUGUCGAGUGAGCGCGUCCGUUGGAUCAGAACUAUCAAAGAGUUGGACAUAGCCAUCGUGAACCUGAUGGGGGAUAUACUAAUAAGCGCUUGUGCUGUUGGCUACAUCACUCCAUUCACCGAUGAAUAUCGACGAGAAUUGUUGGCUGAAUGGAUAAAACAUAUGGAGGAAGUAGAAGUACCCCAUACGCACGGCGGCACACCAUUGUCGAUCCUUGGAGAUGCUGUCUUGAUAAGGAACUGGCAGAUGUACGGGCUGCCGCGCGACCCGCUGUCGGUGGAGUCGGCCGUGCUCAUGUCCAACUCGCGCCGCUGGCCGCUCAUCAUCGACCCGCAGACGCAGGCCAACAAGUGGAUACGUGCUAUGGGUAAAAUCGAAGGCUUGGUCGUGUGCAAGCCGAAUGAUAGAGAUCUACUGCGUAAUUUUGAAUCUGCACUAAGAUUCGGCAAACCCAUCCUUUUAGAAAAUGUGGGGCAAGAACUGGACCCAGCUCUGGAUCCAGUGUUGAAGCGGCAAUACUUCCGUCAAGCUGGUCAGUUAGUACUGAAGCUGGGCGACUCUCUGAUCCCGUACGCGGCCGGCUUCCGCCUUUACAUCACCACGAAGCUGCCCAACCCGAGAUACACGCCUGAGACGUCUGUUAAAGUGCAAAUUGUCAACUUUGCGCUGGUGCCCAGUGGUCUAGCGGAACAACUACUAUCAAUAGUAGUGGCCCAAGAACGUCCGGACCUUGAGGAACUCCGCGGGCAGCUCAUAGUCUCCCGGGCACAAAUGUCCUCUCAAUUGGCAGAGAUGCAGUCGGCCAUCUUGUAUGGGCUGUCCAAUAGUGAGGGUUCGCCUGUGGAUGAUUUACCGCUGAUCCUCACGCUGGAAGCUAUUAAGAUCAAGAGCGCGGAGAUUUUGAUAAAAGUGGAAGACAUAGAGAAAACGUCAGAAGAGAUAGACGAAGCCCGUCAAGGCUACGUGCCGGUCGCCAACAGGGGACAGAUCCUGUUCUUCUGUCUCUCCGGGAUGGCCAAUGUGGACCCCAUGUACCAGUACUCGCUCGAGUGGUUCGUGAAGCUGUUUGUGAGGAGCAUGGCGGAAACUGAACCUAAUGACGAUAUAAUAGAACGCGUAGACAUAAUAAUCGAGCACUUCACGUUCUUACUGUACGUGAACGUGUGCCGCAGUCUGUUCGAGCGGCACAAGCUGCUGUUCGCGUUCCUGCUGUGCGCGCGGAUACUGCUCGAUAGAGGGGUUAUACGGUCACAGGAGUUUGCGUUUCUGCUCAAUGGGGGGAAAAUUGAACAGGAAUUAGAUAACCCGGAACCGAAAUGGAUAUCCCAGCGCAUGUGGCUCGACAUGCAAGAACUGGCUUCAGUUCCCACUAUGAAGCAGUUCGUCACUGACUUUCCGGAACAGACCAAGUUCUUUAAGACGUAUUAUGAUGCGUGGAAUCCGCAUAAGUUGCCAUAUCCAAAGCCAUUGGAAAGUCAGUUGGAUGCUUUCCAGAAGCUGCUGGUGCUCAAGUGCCUUCGCCCCGACAAACUUGUUCCUGGACUGCAGGACUACGUGGUGCUGGGUCUGGGCGCGCGGUUCGUGGAGCCGCAGCCGGCGGACCUGGCGGCGCUGUUCGCGGAGUCCGACCCGCUCGCGCCCAUCAUCUUUGUGCUCUCCACCGGCACUGAUCCCGCUGCCGAUUUAUUAAAAUUUGCGGAUAAAAUGAAAAUGGGGAAACGAUUCGAGAGCAUUUCUCUCGGUCAAGGUCAGGGGCCUCUCGCGGAAGCAAUGAUGAAGGUUGGAUGCGAUUUCGGGAACUGGGUAUUCUUCCAGAACUGCCACCUAUCCCCGUCGUGGAUGCCGGUGCUGGAGCUGAACGUGGAGCACAUCGCCCCGGAGACGGUGCACAAGGACUUCCGCCUGUGGCUCACAUCCACGCCGUCGCCGUUCUUCCCUGUUGCUUUGUUGCAGAACGGAUAUAAAAUGACAGUGGAGCCUCCUCGUGGCAUUAAGGCCAACCUAUUAAAAGCUUACAUGAAUCAAGUUCCCGAUUUCCAAGAUUAUUUCAACUCUCAUGACAGCAAAGUUGCGAAUUUUAAGUGGUUACUAUUCUCGCUAUGCCUGUUCCACGGCGUGGUGUUGGAGCGGCGCAAGUUCGGUCCGCUCGGCUUCAACAUCCCGUACGAGUUCACUGACGGCGAUCUGCGCAUCUGCAUCUCGCAGCUGCACAUGUUCCUCACUGAGUACAAUGAAGUUCCACUGCGGAUGUUAACAUACACGGCGGGGCACAUAAACUACGGCGGUCGCGUGACGGACGACUGGGACCGGCGCUGCCUGCUGUGUCUGCUCGCCGACUACUACGCGACCGCCGUGCUCAGUGAGAGGUGGCUGUUCGACGAGACCGGCGCGUAUAAACAGCAACCAUCUUCAUCAAGCAUCGAGGACUACACGAAGUACAUCCGCACGUUGCCGCUCAACGACGACCCGUCGCUAUUUGGGUUACACAGCAACGCUAACAUCAGCUACGCUAUGUCCGAGACUAGCACUUGUCUCAGCACGCUGCGCAGCCUGCAGGGCAGCGCGGCGGGCGGCGGCGGCGCGCUGAGCGCGGAGCUGGCCACGGAGCGCGCCGCGCGGGACAUCCUCGCCGUGCUGCCGCCCGCGCUCGACCACGGCUACAUCGCCGCCACCUACCCUGUCUCCUACAAGGAGUCGCUGAACACUGUGCUCAUGCAGGAAGCCAUCCGAUACAACAGGCUGCUUGGUGUUAUACAAAACUCACUCAAGGAUCUGUUGAAAGCGCUCAAGGGUCUCGUUGUAAUGUCGGAAGCCCUAGAGAGCAUGGCGGGGAGUCUUGCCAUGAACUCCGUGCCCGCCAUGUGGAGCUCUAAAGCUUAUCCGUCGUUGAAGCCACUGGCUGCAUGGGUGAAAGACUUAGUGCUGCGCGUGCAGUUCAUGCAGCAGUGGGCGGAGGGCGGCAUCCCGCGCGUGUUCUGGAUCUCCGGCUUCUACUUCCCGCAGGCCUUCCUCACCGGCGCGCUGCAGAACUAUGCACGGAAACACGUGAUCGCUAUUGAUACGGUUGCGUAUGCGUUUGAGCCGCUAGCGGGCGCUCCGGCCAAGAAGCCGGAGGACGGGUGCUGCGUGCGCGGCCUGUACCUAGAGGGCGCGCGGUGGAACAUGGGCGACAUGGCGCUGGAGGAGAGCCGCGCUAAAGAGCUGCAUACUGAAAUGGCAAUAAUCUACAUGAAGCCAGAGCAGAACCACAAGCUAGCGCAAGGUCUGUACGAGUGUCCCACGUACAAGACGCUCGUGCGCGCGGGCACGCUCAGCACCACGGGUCACUCCACCAACUACGUGAUGACCAUCGAGCUGCCCACGCACAAGCCACAAGCGCAUUGGAUCAAGCGAGGAGUGGCACUAUUUUGUGCGCUGGAUUAUUAA